AGUCGAAGGGCGGCGGCGCGUGCAGCGUCUCUUUCUUCUGGAAAACCUUCGCGCUCCACCUCGAGCUAAAGGAAUAAACGAAAGAGGACUGCACAAAGUUUUUGAUGGCGACGGAGCUCGGGCCGAUGCUGCUCGGGCCAUUGCGAUGCAGUCUCAACAAAGGGGCGACAAGAUCGAGGCUCGCUAUCCGUUGCCUCCGAGUCGAUCGCUCUCGGCCUUGCCGGCAUCAGUCGACGUCGAGCCGGGCAGAGGGAUCGUCUUCACCCUCCCCGACGCCGCCCUUCUCUCGUGAAGUUCCGUCAUGGCACCGUGUUGUUGCCUACCUUGCAUGGCUGCCCGUGGCUGCCUAUUUUUCAAGCCAUAUCUACUCCAUCGGACAGGUCAAGGGCGGAAGUAUGGCACCGACGCUGAAUCCAGACUUCGACACGAACCCCCUUUUGCAGGACAUCGUCCUCCUCAACCGUUGGGCGGCCAUGCCCCGUUAUCAAGUUUGGCCUUCCAGCGAUGAUGACAAUGACGACGAUAAUUAUGACGACCACGACGACGGCCAUUCUGACGGUGGGAAAACAAAGCUGGCGGCUGCUGAGAGUCGAGCAAGAAGCAAGAGUCACCUCCAAGUCGGCGACGUCGUCGUCCUCACAUCUCCGCUGGACCCCAAUGUCAAGCUGACGAAGCGCAUCAUCGCCUUGGGCGGUGACUACGUUGUCUUCAGCGGUGGCGAGCCGAGAAAGAAAAAGAGGGUCAAGGUUCCGCCGAAUCAUGCAUGGAUCGAGGGAGACUAUCGACCCUCUGCAAUUACAGCCACGAUGACAAAGAUGGGCAGGGAAGAGGAUGAGAGAAGGAGGAGGAGCCAGGACUCGGCGACGUUUGGUCCUGUGCCCCUAGGCCUCGUCAGAGCGAGGGUUGACUUCAUACUGUGGCCACUGGCUCGCAUUGGUUUCGUCCCUCCGCCGCCGCCGCCGCCGCCGCCGCCGCCGUCACAGCCCCUUGCUGCUUCGUUGGGCGCGCAGAAAAGGGACGACGAUGCAGCAGUAGUUUGGAGAAGAUCGGAAGAGAACAUGAAGAGACUCGACGAUGACAGUCCCCUAUCGCCCUACCGCUCGGGAGGAGCGACAACGUGGAGCAGCUCAAAGAACGAUCAAGGAAACUUAGCACACGAAGAAGGCACGGACGACAACGAAGGAGAAGCGUUGCCUCUGUCGAGAGCAGCACUGCUUCGACAACGCUCCCGCCAGAGGAAAAGGGAGGAUCAGCGUCAGCAGUGGAACAGCAUGAGCCGGGGUGGAAGCCUGGGCGACAAUGCAGCCGGAGAGCAAGUCGAACAGGACGAGAUCAAGCGGUAGCUGACAGUGCGAUCCAAAAAGCCGUUGAGGCUUCAAAUAUAGAUUUCCCACACUGUCUCUUUCCAUCUAUCUCCCUUCUCUCUCUCUCAUUUGCCCCUUCUCCUGUAGAGAGUGAAGAGACAAUGAUCAAAAGACCUCUUCCUCGUCUACGACGGGCUCCUGUCCUUCGGGGACCUCGAAGCCCUCUUCGGUCUUGUACAGGACCGCCUGGAUCUGCUUGAGGACCUCUUCUUCUGGCCCGCCAGGCGCCUCGGCUGAGACAAGAUCGAGGCGAUCGACAAUGAGGACCUCAAUGUCGCGGAGCUGG